UAUUUUCGAACCGACCAAAUGCAUGCUGAAGGCAAAUGUUAGAACGAAUUUUGUCAUCUGAAAAUGCACAUGUUGCGGUUGGCGUAUAUUCAGUUUGUAUUUGUUGACAACGUGGCGUUUGUUCAGUGAUAUUUUGGUGUCAAAACAAACAGCUGUCUUGCACGUGCGAUCUGGCUGUGCGCAGAAAUUUUUGAGCAGUUUUGAGAGGCAAAUUAGUUCGGAAUAAAUAUUUAAAUUUGCAAAAGUUUUGUGCUAAUUUCGUACAGAUGGCAGAUAUGGGUGCCACAAAGAAUCUGGAUUUGAUUACAACUAUUGAAGAUGAUGCGGAGGUUGAAAAUUUCUCUGAAGAUUCUGAUGCCGAAGUGGAGUAUCAACCCACCAAAGUUCGCCGAAAAAAGGAGGCUGAAUUCGAGAAAGGUUUUCAAUUUGUUUCAUCUGUGAAAGAAUAUAAUCAAGACACAUGGGAUGAUCUAAUGAAAUAUGUUAAACGCAAGGCACGCACAAAGACAGAUGACAAAAUUGCGGAGCGGCUUAAAAACCGCGAAGCCGAUGGAAAACCCACCAAUGAAGUCGAAAGCGGCGAAGAAGACGAAAUUCCCCUCUCUGAUGAUGAAUUGAAACACGAUAAUUUGCGCUUACGUGAGAAAAAACUGAUCAAGAAAAAGAAAAAGAAAUCCGGUGCUGACUCGGAUGAGGAGGAAGAAGAAGGAGAAAAGAUGCAAUUCGAUGAGGCCAUCGAAAGUAAUGAAUCAAUAACAUCCUUCUAUCAAAUGAAUUUGUCGCGUCCGCUUAUGCGUGCAAUUGGAGUUUUGGGUUAUAUCUACCCAACACCUAUACAGUCCUCAACAAUACCCAUUGCCUUGCUGGGUCGCGAUAUCUGUGGUUGUGCCGCUACUGGUACCGGUAAAACUGCGGCAUACAUGUUACCAACGUUGGAACGUCUGUUAUAUCGACCUAUGAACAAUAAGACAAUUACACGUGUGCUUGUUUUAGUGCCCACUCGUGAGUUGGGUGCGCAGGUGUACCAAGUUACUAAACAGUUGUGUCAAUUCACCACAAUCGAUGUGGGUUUAGCUAUUGGUGGCUUAGACGUAAAAGCGCAGGAAUUGGUGUUGCGACAAAAUCCGGAUAUUGUCAUAGCUACACCUGGUCGACUUAUUGAUCAUAUUAAGAAUACGCCGAGCUUCAGCUUGGAUUCCAUAGAGGUACUUAUAUUGGAUGAAGCUGAUCGUAUGUUGGAUGAAUACUUCGCCGAACAAAUGAAAGAAAUUAUAAAUUCUUGCUCUAAAACACGCCAGACCAUGCUGUUCUCCGCUACAAUGAGUGAACAGGUGAAAGAUUUGGCUGCAGUAUCCCUUAACAAGCCAGUUAAAGUAUUCGUUAAUAAUAACCAACAAGUGGCCUUCAAUCUGCGCCAAGAAUUCAUACGUAUACGUGAGGAUAAAGAAGGAGACCGUGAACCCAUUUUGUCCAGUUUGAUUUGUCGUACAUUCCAUGAUCAUUGCAUGGUGUUUGUUCAAACGAAGAAGCAGGCACAUCGUUUACACAUCCUAUUGGGUUUACUAGGAAUACGUGCUGGUGAAUUACAUGGUAACCUCACACAGCAGCAGCGUCUGGAAUCAUUGAAGAAAUUUAAGGAAGAACAAAUAGAUGUGCUCAUAGCCACAGAUGUGGCAGCGCGUGGUUUGGAUAUUGUAGGUGUCAAAACAGUCAUCAACUUUGUUAUGCCAAUUACAACCGAACACUAUAUCCAUCGAGUGGGUCGUACGGCGCGUGCUGGACGUGCUGGUAUAUCAGUGUCGUUGGCUGGUGAAAAGGAACGUAAGAUCGUUAAGGAUAUUAUUAAGAAUGCAGAAAAUUCUGUAAAGAACCGUAUCAUACCACCAGAGAUUAUUGAAAAAUACCGUAAAAAACUGACUGCGCUCGAGCCAGAAAUACAACAAAUUUUAGACGAAGAGCAAGCUGAACGACAGUUGGCGAAAAUGGAGCAGCAACUGUCAAAAACUGAGCGUAAAUUGCAGGGUACACAGUCCGAACAACGGGCCUGGUUCCAAACACGUAAGCAACGUGAAGAUGAGAAGGCUCGUCUAGCUAUUACACCGGCUGAGGAGGACAAAAAAACUGCACCCGCAGGAAAGGCUGCCGGAAAACGUAAACGCCCAGAAUAUGGUGGUGAAGGCGAGGAUGGUCCACCGGUAAAAGAGUUGAACGCUAAAAAGAAGAAGAAAAAGGAAGAACCUAGAAAGAAAUCACCAGAACAAUUGGCGAAAGAGCGUGUUAUAAGAGAAAUCGAGAAAGCAUCCCUGGUGCGUGCCAAAAUGUCUAAAUUGAAGAAACGUCCGAGCAAACUAAGCUCAGUGGCAGACGAACAGACAAGAAAACAUGUGAGUGACUACAAUAAACUGAAACCCAGGAAACGUCCAGGUCAGUCAGCCUUCACCAACGAUUUGACGGAUGUGAGCCGAAGUGGUGCAUUGCGUUUGAGAUCGGAGGCUAAUCGGCAUAAGAAGCUCACUCAAAUAGCGAAAAAGAAGAAGACUAGUGUGGUAAAAAUAGCAAAUAAAGCUGGCAAAAAUAAAUUCAACAAAGGAAAGAACUUUGGUGGUCCACGUUUUACAAAGAAAAAUAGUAAAAAAUAAAUUAGUUAUAAAUCAUCAAUUUUUUUAUCUUGUAAAUA